AUGAUGUUGAUUCAGAGGUGUUCGGAGGUUCAACAAUCAUGGAAUUGCAAGGUGAAGAAGAGAUACUCAAAUGACAUUCGCCGAUUGGAUAAGCGUUUGGUCGACUUUCUCACUAUUAAUGUACAGGCACACAUGUGGUCUGAUGUGAAGCAUAUCAAGCAAGCAGUUGAUCGGUUGGUCAAAGGAGGUACAUCAGGUGGUCCGGUUGCUGAAGCUAAUCUCAACACUAGUAGUAUUAGUACUGCUGUCUGUUUGGAGGUGCCGCGAUCUUGUACGAGUCAUCGUGAUGAAAAAUUGGAGAUGAAUCAGUUCUCUUUUAGAGAUGAUGUUAGUGUUGGUAAAUUCCUCGCACCCAAAGGAAUUGGAAGGACAACUUUAUCGGAAAAUUUUGACCUCAAAGUUGUGCAGGAAGCUGCCUUUGAGAUACUUGGGAAAGGGGUUUUUGGGGAAACCACGACUCUAUACCACGCUGAUCAUCAGGUAGUACUAAAGGCAUCCAUUAAAGAUCCAAAGGUGCAUAAGGAAGUUGCUAAAGCUAGGAGGCAAGUUUUCCAGGAACUCAUUGACAUUGUUUGCAGAAUUAAGCACGCAAAUGUUGUUCCACUAAGAGCAUAUUACUAUUCCCAGGAGGAGAAGAUUUUUGUGUACGAUUUCUACAGCCAGGGUAGUGUUUACUCAAUGUUGCACGACUGGGAGGCUAGAGUGAAGAUAGCAAUUGGUGUAGCAAAAGGCAUUGCAUGUAUACACUCACAAAAUAACGGAAAACUGGUACACGGGAACAUCAAAUCCUCAAAUAUCUUCCUCAAUGCAGAAAACUAUGGUUGCAUUUCGGACCUCGGCCAGUGUUCAUGGUUCACACCGAUGUUUAAGGUUAAUCAUGAGGCACAUGGACACAUAGCCCCAGAAAUGGAUUUCUACCCAAAUCUCAGCAGCCAACCAGCGGAUAUAUAUAGCUACGGAUGUUUUCUUGCUGAACUAGUUUCUGGAGAACUCGGAAGUCCUACUUUGGUUAAUUUACUUAGAAAAAAAUACGUAAAUACAUUGGAAGAUCGUCUGGAGAGACAAUUUAUAGGAAAAAAGGCACAAUGGAAAGAAAUGUUGCGGAUAGCUUCCGAUUGCACUUCAAAUAGCCCGCAAAAAAGACCAAGAAUACACGAGGUAUUGAUAAGAGUGAAGGGCAUAACAGAAAAGUAUCCACAGAAAAGGCCGCAGAUACAAGAUGCACCCAUGAGGGUGAAAUGCAUACGAUUUUUUGGAACUAAAGAUUAUCUAGGAACAGCGAAAUCAGCUUAG